AUGUUUUUUUAUAAGCGAGAAGAAUGUAUGACAAGAGAGGACAAGAUUAACCAAAUUGGGUUUUAUUCCCGGUCCAUCGACAUCUACUUAGAUUAUCCGGAUAGAGAGGAUGGAAUACGACUUGUAUUACUGUACCUCAGCUAUCUGGAUCAGAUAAAGAUGGAUGUGGAUUUGCUCCGAAGCACGAAAAUCGGCAAACAGAUAAAUGAGGAAAACGACUUCGGCUACCUAGGCUGCUAUACCGACGUCCUCAAAGAAGCCGACGACAUAUGUACCGGCCGGGUAUCCUGUUCCAUCCCAGUACCGAAUCCCAAACUGGAAAAUGGGAAUAGGAGUAGGACGGAAAAAAGUUGUCCCAGAGAUUUCAAGUUGUAUCUACAAGCGUCACAUAGGCUUGGUGGCGAACUCGUCAACAAAAACGUCAAAGACACUAACAACAACAACAACAACAUCAUCAACAUCAACAACAACAACAACAUCAACAGCGUCAACAGGAACAACAACAACAUCAACAAAAUCAUCAACAACAACAUCAACAACAUCAACAGCAUCAACAACAUCAACAACAAUAACAACAACAUCAACAACAUAAACGAUAUCAACAGCAACAGCAACAACAUCAACAGCUUCAGACAACGACACUAUUUGCUGGAAUUCUACG